AUGGCUUUUCACCUCAGCAUUCUUCUUAUCCUCACUGGACUCACAGGAAUUCACAGCAUAACUACAGUCAGUAAAGUGUCAGUGAAGGCUGGAGGCUCCAUCUCUAUCCCAUGUCUCUAUGAGCCAAAGUACACACACCAUGUCAAAUACUUGUGUAAAGGAUAUUAUUGGGACUAUUGCUCAUAUGCAGUUAAAACAAACCAACAAAGUUCAGGAAAGUUUUUAAUCUCUGAUGACAAAAGCCAAAGAAUCUUCACUGCUCACUCCAUAACAUAUGUGGACGAGAGGACACUGAUUACUGUUGUUCGCGCACCUUCAACGCAGGCUCAGCACUCCUCCACGCACCGACGUACGCCCAGUCUUUAUGUGGACCAUCAGGAGAUUACAGGAUUUAAGGGAGAAAAAAAAAACAUCAGCUGUUUCCAUCAUAACUCUGGACAAAAGAAGUGGUGCAGGCUGGAUAGCUCCUGUGUGACGGGGUCUGGAUUAAUAGCUGGAACAACAGUGACCAUCACUGCAGGGGUUAAUGUUUUCAAUGUGACUAUGAGUGGACUGAGGACAGAGAGCAGCGGCUGGUAUUUCUGUACCAAAGGAGGCCUACAGAUGCCAGUGCAUGUAACUGUUACUGAGAAACCUACCACCAAUCAAACACCAACCAUAACUGGGGGUAAGCAGGAUGAGACAAAAGACCGCCAUGUUCCAGUUGACCUAAAGAGUCUCAUCAUCUCUUUGAGUUUGUUGAGCUUCACUGUUAUGGUGACAUUGGCUGAAGAGGAAGUAACAUACAGCAAUGUUAAGCCUGUGAGAAAAGCUUCAAGCACGAGGUCAGAUGCUGAGAUGACGAGUGAUGUGGACGUGCUGUACAGCUCUGUGGUUAUCGUAGAACAUACGCCCUGGCUUUAUGUGCACCAUCAGGAGAUUGCAGGAUUUAAGGGAGAAAAAACAACCAUCAGCUGUUUCCAUCAUAACUCUGGACAAAAGAAGUGGUGCAGGCUGGGUAGCUCCUGUGUGACGGGGUCUGGAUCAAUAGCUGGAACAAGAGUGACCAUCACUGCAGGGGUUAAUGUUUUCAGUGUGACUAUGAGUGGACUGAUGAUAGAGAGCAGCGGCUGGUAUUGGUGUGUCAGUGGAGACUUUCAGAUGCCAGUGCAUGUAACUGUUACUGAGAAACCUACCACCACCACUCGUGCAACAACAACACAAACAACAACAAAUUCAACCACUAUAUCACCCACUUCUAAGUCUGUGAAUGUCACCACAGUUACCAUGAGCAUACGGUAUGUAUAA